AUGAGUCGCUGCUUCUACUCCCGUGAAGUCUGGAAGGGACGUGUCCUGGACGGCACGUCGUCGUCGGAGUCGUCAGACUCGGCCCACGACCAGGACGUCGACGUCAUACAGCUCGACGUGUUGGCUGAGGACCUCAUGAUGGAGGAUCCUGACAAGGAGAAUAGGGCGCCGUCCCCCUGGGAGGAGGAGGAGAAGGCCCAGGUUUCACCCCCAUGUGAGGCUCUUGACUUCAUGCACGCGUGGCUGGAGCAGUGUCGGAUGCCGCCGCCGCCGCCACGCGAUCCGGGGCCAGGAGGACCGGCUGUGGCACGCAAAGUGCCGAUUAAACCGCUCGCCCCGUACAAGGACGAUAAGGUCCCAACACCAUGGGUGGGGGCAAACGCCCAGGACCCCCUCGGGCUGUUAACGCCUGUGCCCACUAAGAGUAGCACUCCUCGCCGUAAAUCAUCAUCAGUAUGCACGCAGACGCCAGUACGUCGAACGAAGGAGAAGUCGACUCAGACUACUGGACCUGCUACUUCAGCUGCUGUCAGCCUUCCCUCUGCUACUUCAACUGCUGCCAGUCCGCCUGUCAACCUUCCCUCUGUGGUGCCAUUGAUGUCAGUCCGUCGGCCUGCGUUAGUCGUUCCCCCCAGGCGCAUCAGAGUGAUGCCCCCUUCCCCUUCGUCUAUGCCGCGUGUUCGUGAGACUGUCCCAGUACCCUACCCUCACCAUUGGCCGCGCAGGGCUUGGCCUAGAUAUUACUCAGUGCGGGGGCCGAGACCUGGGUCCUACUGGACCGUACUGGACCAGCCGUGGGCCAGUUGA